UCAGUGGUCUGCAUCUGAGUUCGGAAACCAUGUUUCCGGGUUUAUGUGAUGACGAUGAGAUACGUCGUCAGCUUGAGGUUGGUUUGGGUCUUGAUGUGAUUGACUCGGUUGACCCUGUUGACGCCGAACCGGAGGGUGUAGACUUGGAUAUUGACCAGGUUCAUAAUCGGCGUGUUGGUGUUGGAUUUAAAAAUGCUGAGAAAGGUCGUUUCAUUUCCGCUGCUGCUACUAAGCUGAAGGAAGUGUUAAAAUCUGGCAGAUCUAAGCAUCGCCGAUUUGAUUCAUCGCAAAAUUCUAGUGGUCCUCAAGAUUCUAGGCCACAGAAGCCAACUAAUCAUGUAAAAGUGGUUUCACGUCAAUCUCGUACGGAAAAUGAAUCUAGUUCAGAUAGUGAGCCUUCUCGUAUGGACUUGAUUCAAUCUGCUGUUCGCCUCCGUAAAGACAAGCAUAAAAAGGCUGUAAUUAAAAACAAUCGGAACUAGACUGUGCCUAUGAGUGGAAUACACAACUG